CUUUCAGCUUGUUAGUUAAUUGCCACUCCCACAGUAAUCCUGCCACUUUUUUCACUGCUGCCCAUGCACAUUGGGUUCUUUGCCUCCCUCCCCCUCCCCAUGUCUCUCUCCAGUGGUACUAAGUGUAUUUCCCAAGUACACAAAUUCUUCUGAUUCAGUGUCUCUCCUGAAACUUUUUAUCAACAGCUCUUCUUCAGCCUUGCCUACUUGCACAACUUCAGUUAUCUUUAUGUUUACCUUCAAACACAGAGGCCCGCACUCUUAGGAUAUUUACUAAUUCCUGUUUGCUGUCAACCCAAAGGGCCAAGUCACCAGCAUACAUCAGCUUUCUCUGUGUCUCCACAGACUUGGUUCUCAUACUAAUUAACUCCACAACUAGGAUGAGGAGAAGUGGACUCAGCGUACCACCUUGUCUUAAUCUGAUUGUUACCUCCACAUUCUGAAAUAAUGUGUAUUGUUUUCACCUUAGCUAUUGACCCUUGAUACAGCUUGUCUAUCAUCUCCACUCCUUGAACACCCCUGCCCAUCUAUCUCAAUACUGCAAACACCAGCUUCCAUGGAACCAAGUCAUACGCUUUCUCAAGAUCAAUAAACGCUACACAGCAGUUAUGCCCUCCACUUAUUAUUCUUCUAAACUUCUGUCUCAUUGCAAAUAUUAUGUCUAUUGGCUCCUUCCCUUCCUAAAGCCAUGUUGCUCCUCUCCUAUAUUCUCCUCCACCUUGCACACCAUCCUUGCCUUCAAAAUUCUCUCCGGGACUUUGAGGCUGACUUAACAAGGUGAUGCUGUGAUAGCUGUUCAGAUUUGCAUCACCUUUACCCUUCCAGAGAGGCACAAUCAACCCUAUUCUCCAGUCAUCUGAUAUCCUAGCUUGAUCCCAGCAAACUUUUGAGUAAUCUAUGAUGCCAGUUUACUCCAGAGUCUCCAACUACCUUGAUCAUAUCAACAGUUAUCUCAUAUUCUCCAAAUGCUUUACCAUUCUUCAUCCUAUUCAGUGCUGCUUCUGUCUCUUCUAUACUUUUGGAGGCUUCCCCAAAAUUAUCAGCAGUGCUCGCACUUGCAACUCUCUUCUCAUUUAACAGCCUUUAGAAAUAUUUUUUCCAUAGCUCCUACCACCUGUUUGGGGUUAGUCACCACAUAGUACCUAUCCUUCACAUAUGAAGAUUUCUUCAUUUCCUGUGCUUUAGUGUUCCUCUUUUUUUUCCCCAACCCAAAAACCGAUUUCCUGCGAUCAUCUUCCUGCAGCUUUCUGUUUAAUUCCUCUUUAGCCUCCAUUCUUGCCUUAGCAGCUGCCUUUGUAGCCUUCUUUGGCCUGUUUGUGUACAUUUUUUGAUGCUCUCAUUAUCAUGACCUGCUCUCUCAAGCUCUUUUGAGUCAUUCAUUGUUUUUUGUUUCUCUUGCACUUCAGAUUUCUCCCACCAGCUUGUUCUCCCCAAAUAUAUAUAUUUUUAAAGGCCUUAUGAUUUUUUAAGCCAGUGUCAUGAUUUUUCAGGACUGGACCUGUAACUUUUGAAUGCUUAGAGUUGGUGCUAUUGUGUGAGACUGGACAUGGGGCUGGGCUUUCUGUCUCUUUGAAAUCUUCCCAGCAUCUCUGGAGCAUCCUCUCAUGAAGAGUUUGGGUUGGAAUUGCUCCAUUUGGGUGGGGGGCAGCAGGAGUCCUGCUGAUCCUCCCUCAGGCUUUGUGGGUUUAGCAGGAGCCUGGGAACCACCAGCUCCUGGAUGCUGUUCCCAACACUGCCUUGCUGCCUGGGUGUCAUAGACAAUAUAUUUGUACAGCACCUUCCCUCCAGCUCUCUCAAAGUGCUUUAUGCAUCCAAGCCCUCCCUGGGCAACAGGCAAGCAUCAUGAUCCCCGUUUUUCUGGUGGGGAAGAUGGGGCUGAGGGGCUACUGAGUGAGUCGAGGCAGAGCCGUUGGUGCAAAUGAUCAUGAAUGCUACAGCUGUGCAUGACACCGACUAAAACCGAUUAGUCCCUGCUGAGAGGUACUUGCAGUUUUGUCCAUUUGCUUAGCCGUCUCAUCUAACCUCUCAAUGCACAAACACAUUGAGAUCCUGACUAGGAAAUGGUGCUCUUCACAUACAUGCUGAAGACCAUUAUUGCAGAAGCUCCAAUCAGAAUACGGUGUCCUAUUGUGCAGGGCACUGGAUGCAAGUAAGAGGGCGUAAAACUUGUCCUAAAGAGCUUUCAGCUCCUAGACUCCUUUCCUGACUUCCAGGCAUUUUAACUGCUGACCGUCCAGCAGGCAGGAUUCCUGUGGCUGCAGACAUUAAACCCUGUAUCACCGCACGGUUAGUCCAUGUGUGCUCAUCUGCGUAAAGCACAGUGGAUGGGACCGAAGGUCCCUGCAUCUGCAGACAUGUGAGAGGAAUGACACUAGACUGGGCUACACAAAGUGAGGCCCAGGGCCUAUUGGAUUUUGCAGCCACCCAUUCCCAGAAAUCAUUGGGAGGCUGAAGUGUUCACUGCUGGUAAUCUCACCCAUGAGCAGUUCUUUUCCUCCCUUGAGGUGGCUGGGUGUAUUUUUAGUGGAGGAUGCAGAUCUCUAAGCAAAUGAGAUGCCACCCUUCAGUUCUUGAGAACUUGCUAGUGUGCACUUAGUCACAACCCUGUGUGGAGAGUCUGUUCCAUCGCAGGGAGACAUCUCUCCUGAUGGCAUCAGCUCAGCAUAAGGCCAGACUGGGAGUGCUGUUGGGCAGUGUUGCAAAUUACUUGGUUCCACACAGGGGUACCUGGGUGAAGUAUAAUGGCCUAAGUGUGACUUUAAGAACCUUCAGCACCACUUGACACAGGGUUACAAGAAUAUCCUGAUCCUGGUGUGUAUAGGUGGGCAAGGUAAUAUCUUUUAUUAGCAGGGGUGAAAGUAACACUCAACACUUACCAGUACGGGGGCAGAAGGCGUGGAGCUAGGGUUCAGUGUCCCCCAGCCAGCCCAUCCGUGCUGCCUGGCCCAUGCCACCCAGUGCUCCAGCAGCAAUUUAAAGGGCCAGGGCUCUGGUCACUGCUGCUGUGGUAGCGGCAGCAGCGGCCGGAGCCCCGGGCCCUUUUAAAAUGCUGGCUCUAGGGCAGCUGCUCCUUUUGCCCCUCCCCCCCAGUGGCAGUGCAGAUGGGGCAAAAGGGGCAACGACGUUGAAGUGCUGCCAUGGCAAAGGCCCCUGCUUAAAGUGUUGCCGCAGCAGCACUUUAACAUCAGCUGCUACAGACCGGUACCAGCAGCCAUUUUUUACCAGUACGCCGUCCCGGCUUACUUUCACCUGUUUAUUAGAUUAAUUUCUGCUGGCGAGAGAGACAAGCUUUCGAGCUACACUGAGCUCUUCUUCAGGUCUGGGUUUUCUGUUGGACACAGGCAUGGCUAGUCACCUGUCUUCUGAUAUCUAAAUCAAGCAGUGUAAGCUGACACAGUGGAAAACCACAGUCACAGAGUCAACAGGGGGAUAUGACGACAACAGGAUAGCAAAACAGGACAAUAAGCCCCAGGGGUUAUGCUGACUUGGGUACAAAUAGUGAACUCUGGGGAAGGCAAGGAAGACGCCCCUUUGUCCUGCACCUAGGAAGUAACUGGGCAGUGUGGUUACUUUCACAAAAACGGGAUCACAGCUUGCCUGAAAUGCUGCGAAGGAUGUUUGGGUGAGAUAAAAACCAUCUUUAGAUGGAAGGUUAGCCUGCUCAGUUUAGUAUCUAGGAAUCGUGUUAUGAUUUUAUUUUAUAUGUAAUCCUUUUGUUUCCGUCAUCCUUAGUCAUGAUCUCUUGAAUUUUGAGUAGUUUAUCCUUAUUUCCAUUAUAAAUAUAUCUCAGUGUUUUGGUAUUAGAUCAGGAGCUGAUCCAGAGCUGGAGUGUGUGCUGUUCCCAUGGGGACAGCAGAGCUGGUAUUACUGUGGGUGUUCAGUGAGGAAGAGGCUGGAUCUCACAGGGGAAGCUUUGAAGGGACUUGGGAACUGGGAUGUACUGAUUGUUAACCUGCAAGACAAAGUGAGGACUGGCCUAGCCCAGCGGAGAUGGUUUUGGUGGCUAACAGGCUGGCGGUGUCAGGGAGCUAUCACCCAGUUAAGCACAAGCAAGGCUCCCUCUAGCUGGUGGCUGGAGGUGACUCAGUCCUGGGUGCCCCAGGAAUUGUCACCCAGUGUUCCACAGGAGGUCAGACUAGAUCAGGGGUUCUCAAACUGGGGGUCAUAAGAUUAUUUACAUGGGGGGGUUGCGAGCUGUCAGCCUCCACCCCAAACCCUGCUUUGCCUCCUGCAUUUAUAAUAGUGUUAAAUAUAUUUAGAAGUGUUUUUAAUUUAUAAGGGGGGGGUCGCACUCAGAGGCUUGCUGUGUGAAAGGGGUCACCAGUACAAAAGAACCACUGGAGAGUACCACUGGACUAGAUGAUCUAAUAAUCCCUUCUGGUUUUAAAGACUCACUCUCCGGUGGGGGAGGGGUAUACAGGAACAGCAUAGUGAGGUACUGUCAGAAAUGGGGUGCAGAGCUGGGGAGGGAUGGGAAUAGGAGGGGGUGCUGUGGGGCAGGAUUGAGCAUUGGGUGAGCGAGGCAGGGGGAUCAGCCCCACUCCCAUGUAUGCUGUCCCUUGCCCGAGCUCUCUACUGUUGGUCUCAGGUGCCUUUAGCUCUGUGCUCCUCCCCCUUCCAGCGGCUGUGCAGUGCUGAUCUGAAAGCAGAAGUUGGGAGGGUCUCAUGACCCGCUGCCUCCCCACAGGAAGUGCCAAGCACAGGUGCAGUCCCUGCUGCUGGAGUGAUGCCCACCUUCCAGUUCUUGCCCUUCUUGGCGCUGCUGGGCACCCUGGGGUUCCUGUGUGUGGUGUUCACAGGGUUCUGGUCCCAGCAUUGGCGCGGAGGCUUUGCCUGGGAUGGCUCCACCAAGAUGUUUAACUGGCACCCGGUCUUCAUGGUGACGGGCAUGCUGGUGCUGUAUGGGGCGGCGGUCUUGGUGUACCGUGUGCCCAGCUCCUGGGUGGGCCCCAAGCUCCCAUGGAAGCUGCUCCACGCGGCACUGACCCUGGCAGCCUUUGUCCUGGUCGUGCUGGGGCUCGUCGCCGUCUUCGGGUUCCACAAUGACCAGGGUAUCCCCAACAUGUACUCGCUGCACAGCUGGUUGGGGCUGGCAGCUGUGCUGCUCUUCUCUUGUCAGUGGCUCAUGGGGUUUGCUACUUUCCUGUUACCCUGGUCCCCUGCCUGGCUGCGGAUCAUCUACAAGCCCGUUCACGUCUUCUUCGGCUCCACCAUCCUCGCGCUGGCCAUGGCAGCAUCCAUCUCUGGCAUCAACGAGAAGCUCUUCUUCAGCCUGACGAACAAGACAGUUCCCUAUGCCAAACUCCCCCCUGAGGCCUGGUUCGCCAAUUCUCUGGGGAUGCUCAUCUUGGUCUUUGGGUUGCUGGUGCUGUGGGCUCUCGCCAUGCCGGCCUGGAAGCGCCCAGAGUCAGAGUCACUGGAGGCCCGACAGCCCCUGCUCCAUUAGGACAAGUGAAGCAGCCGCCUGGAGGAGCUGCUGCCCAGACUCUCUGGUGAGAAGGGCAGCUUGGUGCUCCUGCUGUUGGCGCUGAGCCAUCUCCGGAACCUGGCCAGCACAGAGCCGAGGAGUGGAGGUGCUCUCCGUGCUCCCUCACCACCCGGCUGCUCUCUCGGAUCCCUGGCUCUUGCCACUCCCCUGCCUUCUGCUGUGGGUUCCUGCACGUGCUGCUGCUUCCUGGGAUUCACCAGGCGGCCUUGGCCCCUCUUGCAAUUGUGCUGCUGUGCCUUAGGGACCUUGGCUAAUGCUACUGUCAUAAACA